GGCAAGUUAACGACUUGUUUACUGGGCGUUUUUCUGCCGUUUCCAUAACGUUAACGCGACGUUUUUUGUGUUGACCGUUUACUGGAGAUUAACUGGCCGUUAACGGGCCGUUUUUUUGGACCUGGGUUCCCAUAUUAGAAGGCCAUGCUCAAUUAGAAGCCAGUAUGAAGCAAAACUUUUGCAAAAUCUUCGUAUAGAUAUCGCCAGAGCGAUUUUUCUAAAAACAAUGUUGAAUAUAUGAACCAGUCUUCUUAUCUAUUUCAAAUCUUUUCCACGUAUUUACACCAUUUUAGAAAAGAAAGCAGCUGAACAGGAAGUAAAAGUGUGUUAUCAAUGUAAAGGAGCACAAAACUGUAAACCGGAAAACUUACACAAACAAGAAUUAAAAACAUCAGGAGCAUUUGGUGGUAAAAAUCUUUAUUGUUAUUCGCGAUUUGGUGGAAAAGUUGGACAUGGAAGAGUUGUUGAACGUGGUGCGUUUGGAUUUGGUGAAACAUUUGAUAAAAAUGUAAAAUGUAAUUUGAAACAUUUUCGAUGUUGCUUUCAGAAUUUAUGUAAUAAUCACACAACUGGAAGUUGUGCUGAUUAA